AUGGUAUAUCCAGGUUUCUGGUCGUUUCUGUUUUCUUUUUUAGAUUUAUUAUCGAUUCGAAAUACUCAAUUUAUUACACAGCGUGAUCCUUUCGUCACCACAGUUUCUGCGGUAAUCACUAAUGUUAGUCAAAAAUCAAGUAACAGAUAUGAGAUUCUCCUUUCAUCUGAUUGUGUCGCCAUACGGUCCAUUAUAAAUAUCACGGUAGAAGAUAAGGAUAAUAACAUAAGUUCAACCAUAUAUCUCAAUAAAACCUUACAAAAUAAUAUCAUUGUGAAUAGCACAUGUGAACAGAAAAGACAGGAUUUGUCAGUUUCAUGGUCGCCAAAUGUCAAUCUCUCAAACUGGAAACUUAUAUUUGUGUUUGAAGAGGAUUCUGAAAGAUAUGACCUGGAACGCAUAGGCAUUACUUACACAACAAUUAAAGGCAAUGAAAUUGAUGCUAAUACAGAUAGAGGUUUGUUCACUAUUCCUGUUGGUGGAUAUUAUGAAUGUGCCAGUCGUUUACAUAGAGAACUAUUCGUGGAAGAUAAUGCAUUUAGACUUGAAAAUCGUCGAGAAUUUAUGGGUCUUGCCAUAGAUUGUCCAUUGAGUAUCCUAUGGUUAAAGAAGGUUCCAGCAAUUGUAUGCAGCACCCUAAUUCUAAUAGGUGUUGCUAUUAUUUUAAUAUAUUUAUGCAGUCGUCUUAGCAGACGAUCAACAUAUGAGACAAUUAGAUAA